AUGUCUACCUCAUCCGCAACACGCACGCCGGAUAAGAAGAAAAAACCCCUGCCAUACUUUAUGCAAAAGUCGGAAGAUGCGGCCCUACCCUCGUUUCAGAACCGGCGCACGCUCGCGGACCACGUAAAGGACAAUAUGCUCUGUGCUGGGCGGAAGCGCUACUUCCAGCGCAUCGUGUACGUCGGGCGGCACCCGAAGGUGACCGGGAUGACGCUGCGCGAUCGGUUUCUGAAGCUGAUCAAAGACAUGCAGGAGUGCACGACGAACGAGAUCAAGCUGUUCGGGCUGAUGAUCAACUUUGACGGCUACACGGUGCAUAUGGUCGAGAGUGCCGAGGAGACGGUCGGCGAGUACAUGCACACGCUGGCCGCGUGCGACCUGUUCGAGGCGAGCCGGGUCGUGCUGGUGUACAACAACAUCAAUCAGCGCUUCUUCCGCAAGCUGGUUUGGCGCGCCUCGGACUAUCUGAACGAGCUGCCCCGCACGGAACUGGACCAGCGGGACCCAAACCUGACGCAGGGCACGAUCGAUGCAUUUCUGGUGAAGGUGUACAAGCUGUGCAAGAUGGUUCGGGAAGAGGAGCUGGAUGAGAGAUCCGCCUUUAAAUCGCUUUAUCUGGACGAAAAUUACGAGGAACACACGCCGGACAUUGCGGUGCUGGAGUACCUGCUGGGUUUGAAGUGUCUCUUUACCGUGCCCGAGUAUGCAACGUUCUACGGCCAGCUGCCGGACGUGACCAGCUUCCGGGACCGUGUAUGGCCCAUCCCGAAAGACCUGACGCCGUACGAUGUGUUCGAAACUGGCAAAUACGAUGUGAAUUUAACGUUUGGCGGGAAAUAA